AUGACAUUGAUACACAAUAAGGACCUAUUAGUUCAAUCAAUUUGUUGGGUGAAAAUAUCGUUUUUUCUCCAUGAUGUUCGACUAGCUGUGGAAUUACUUGAAAAACGAUCUAUCAUUCAUUCUUCACGGACGAAGCCAACUUUUGCUGACAUGUCGGGGUGGGCGUAUAUUCUCGGUGCCAUGGCCAAUCCAGAACACGUUCGCAGAACUCGAAAACAUCUCUACCAAGAGAUCGGAUCGAAUAACUCUGUCGCCACUUUUAACGAUGUUCAGGUAUCUGAAGUCGCACAUUUGCUACUCAGGCUUUUGAAUAAGCCCGAAGAUCUCCAGCAACACAUCCGGAAGGAAACAGGUGCAGUCGUGCUCAAGCUCAGCUAUGGGUACACCAUUGAACCCCAUGAUCGUGAUCCACUUGUUGAUCUAGUUGAUAAAGCAAUGGAAGACUUUAGUGUUGCAAUGCUUCCGCUAACAUGGCUGGUGGAUUUCGUCCCCAUUUUAAGGCAUUUGCCUUCCUGGUUUCCUGGAGCCGGCUUCAAGAAAAAAGCCAAAGAAUAUAAAGCUAAGUCAACUGCGCUCAGCGAUGUCCCAUAUGAAUUUGUCAAAGAACAGAUGAAGAAGGACGGUUCUGCCCCAUCGUUUUUGGCAAAUCUCCUCAAGAAAGAACCCCCCACCCCCGGAUCUAUGGAUGAAACCAUAAUAAAAUGGUCGGCUGCAUCUGUGUAUGCCGGAGGAGCCGAUACAACAGUUGGCACGAUAUCGACCUUUUUUCUGGCAAUGGCUCUAUUUCCAGAUGUACAGCGCAAGGCACAACAGGAGUUGGAUGCAGUUCUUGGCGGCGAUCGACUACCGCAAUGCGAAGACCGGGAUAAUCUUCCUUACGUCAACGCGCUGGUGAAAGAAGUAUUUCGAUGGCACCCGGUGGCUCCCAUGGGGGUGCCACACGUCUCGACAGAGGAUGACAUAUGUGAGGGUUAUUUCAUCCCCAAAGGAUCAUCGAUUCUCACAAAUAUUUGGGCAUUCGCACACGACGAAGAAGUAUACCCCGAUCCUAUGAAUCUCAAGCCUGAGCGCUUCCUGGAAACCGAUUCCCAUGUUCCUGAGCGAGAUCCUCGCUUCAUUGUGUUUGGGUUUGGUCGCCGAGUUUGCCCCGGUCGCAACAUUGCUGACGCGAAUGUUUUCCUAAUCAUCGCACAAGUUCUAUCCGUUUUCAAUAUUUCGAAACCCAUGGUAGAUGGCAAAGAGCAAGACAUUUCACCAGAUUUUAUGCCGGGUGUACUGAGCCAUCCUGCUCCGUACGAUGUUGCCAUUAAGCCGCGCAGUGAAAAGCAUCGUGAGCAAGUCAAAUCUCUGGAGCAGACUUAUCCCUGGCAAAAGAGCCACGCAGACCUUCUCAAGGGUGUACCCGAUCUAAAUAAUACCUAG